AUGACUACUUUAAAGUUGUCACUGGAUAGGAUUAUAAAGAGUACAAGUUUAGUAUUGAAUCUAAGGGGGAGUGAUUACUGUUAUAUUGCUAAGGUCAUUAUGUUUGCUAGAUCAAUUGGGUUGAAAUCACAGGCUCCUCUUGCUAGAUUCGGUUUGUUCACUAAGAAUAUUGUCAAUUCUCACAAGGCAACUUUUUCUACUGGUAGAACUAUCUUGAAUAAUGGCAAACAAAAUGAUUCAGAGGUUGAUGAUGUGAUACUGAGAAUUAAAGUGGCUCCAAUUAAGAGAGUCAAUGAACCAUUAGACAAGAAAAGAGCUAGAUUGAUUUAUCAAUCUAGAAAGAGAGGUAUCUUGGAAACUGAUCUGUUAUUAUCAGGGUUUGCAGCUAAAUACUUAAAAGAAAUGACACCUGAAGAACUAGAUGAAUAUGAUAACUUAUUGAAUGAACUAGAUUGGGAUAUCUAUUAUUGGGCAACCAAAAACUAUGAUACGACUCCAUUGCCAGAUAAAUGGAAGGAUUCUAAAAUAUUGAAGAAACUACAAGAAUUUAGUGAAAACAAAGAAAAGGUCAUUCUAAGUAUGCCAGAAUUAGAUAAAUAUAAAUAG